ACGUUGGUUAUCUGGGCUGCGCCAUUUUACGGACGUUUCUUCAUAUCUUUGAUGGGAAUCGUCCGGGGACUCACUUGCCCAAAUAAGUCGUAUCGCAAUAAAAAUGAAGGACGCAGUUUUCCCCCGAAUCUUUGUCAUCAUCUUGUGUGCAGCGGUUUUUGUUGCAGUUUUGGUCGUUAACGGCCUAGCAGGGGCGGGUAGAGGUGCCUUCCAUUCCUCAACAGGCAAUGUGUCAGCCCGUUAUGAAACAGACAUCACACCUGCUGGCUGGACCUUCUCCAUUUGGGGUGUUAUUUAUACCUGGCUCUCCUUAAUGGUCUUAUACAUCACCCUAUUUGUGUUCAGGGGAUCCUGGGCUCAGUGUCUGCUGCCAUACACCUUCUAUUUCUUCUGGCUGCUCAGCAUUGUGCUGAAUAUGAUAUGGCUGCUGUUGUGGGACAGAGAGUUGAUGCUGUCAGCAUUGGUUGUAUUGAUCCUGAUCGUGAUUUCCAACUAUAGUGCCUUGAGUAUCUGUUGCUUUAUCACGGAUUACUAUGGACUCUGGCUACACACCUAUUAUCCCAAAGAUCUGACCUCUGUAACAAUUCUGGUCCAGAAUGGCUUGGCUCUCUACACCACGUGGACAUCCAUUGCUUCUUUGAUCAACUUCACUCUCGUUCUUCAAUUGUGGGGUGUGGUCAGGAGCACAGCCGCAACGGUGUCCCUUUGCCUCCUGUUUGCCGAGCUGGUGGCCUGGUUUAUUCUUGAAAACUGGGUACUGGACCGUUGGGUGCGCAACAUUCUGACAGUGUACCCGGUUGUGAUCGUGGCGCUGCUUGGAAAUGUUUUAAAACAUUUUGAUCCAGUGGACCCCAGCCCAAAUGCCAUCUUCAUGGUUGCUCUCUUGGUGUUGGCAUGCAUCCUGCUGGUGUUCCGAGUAUGUAAUGUCAUCUGGAGAAACAAAAGGCGACCCCUCUUUUCUCCGGGGUCAGCACGGCCGCUGAUUUCGCCUCUUGAUGCAAGCAAAUUCAAGAUACAAUUGAGAUUCUGUUGAUACUCAAGUCUUGACUUCAAGAUCUUAUGACGGAAACAUACAGUACCCUAAAAUGGGAUCACUGUAGAGGUGGAUGAUGUUACUCGUGCUGUCUACUUUAUGCAAGCUAAUGUGGUAUCGGAUUUUUUAAUGGACACAUCUUGUGUACGUACAGCAUUUAAUUCCUAUUGUUACAUGGACGUACAGUACUGUGUCACUGCUGCCAAAUAAACGGGAAGGCUUUGUGUCUCCUGUACAAUACCACUACGUAUAAUCAUUAUCUCAAUAAAAAAUGGAUCGCAGUGUAAUGUUUUGAUACCUUUUUACACCAAGUUACCUUGACUAUUCUGCUUAAUGUCGUAUGUUUAGAUGUUUGAUAAUGACGCAAUUAAAUGUCUUUCAAUACAAUCCCACAUGCAUCAAUGUAAGGUUCAUGACUGUCAAUUGUUGAUUUGUAGAGUUCGUUAACCGGUAAUGACAGCAGCAGACGAAAUUUUGUCACUCACAAACAUUAAUCCAGGAGGAGGGAAUGUGUGUACAGCCCUGCAUGGACACUAUCAUUGACUUGAAUUUAAAUUAACUUCAAAUUCAACUGAACUGUAUUUAUAGAGCACUUUCAAACAGCCAUCGCUGCAUACAAAGUAGACGAAGAUCGGACCUAAAAAAUCGAGCCCGACCCAAACCGGCCCGAGGGUAUUUAAGCCCAAUUUAAGAUUCUUGUCCCCUCCCGCAUCAUGCCAAAAUUUAAAAUAUACAAAUAAAAAAUACAUACAGUAAAGAUGUACCUGAGAUUAAAUGCCUGGAUUUAAAAAAAAAAAAAAAAGUGACAAAUCAUCCAUGGCGUUGAAUUACUUAAUUCCCUUGCUAAUAAAUGUUUUUUUUCAUACUGUUGCCAUAAGGAAAUAUGCCUCUUGAAUGCAUGCCAUGUUCAUGUCAAGUCAAGUCAACUUUAUUGUCAAAUGUGCUACAUGUGCAACAUGCAGCAGAGAUGAAAUUUCUUUCCUCAGGAGAGAGAGGAGCCACUGUGGAUGCCUGUGCCGCAGUCAAUCGAACAGUUAACAUAAAAUGACAAAAUAAUACAACACAACACAAAAGACAGACAGUCGUGCAAUCUUAAACACUUUUCUGCACACACUUUGUUGUUUGAAGCAGUUAUAGAUAAAAGAGGAGUGAAUCAAGUCAAGUCAACAGUAUUUAUAGAGCACUUUCAAACAGCCAUCGCUGCAUACAAAGUGCUGUACAUGGAGCGAUUUAACAUACACAAACAGUAAGACGAAUCGGUAAUAAAGGUGGUAGAAAGCACCAAGCAGUAAAAUCAAGAACAAAUCUAAGUCAUGCUGAGUCGAACGCCAAAGAAUACAAGUGAGUUUUGAGGAGGGCUUUAAAGAUGGGCAGCGAGGAGGCUUGCCGAAUGUUCAGUGGGAGGUCAUUCCAGAGAGAGGGACCAGCAACAGAAAAGGCUCGAUCCCCUCUGAGCCUCAGUUUAGUUCUUGGUACUUCUAACAAGUAUCCUUUGGCUGUUUGCAUGUAAUCUUCAGUACCCUGUGUUUAUAUUAUUAUAUCUACUGACAUGUACUAUUUUAUAAAUCCAUGGCAACUUUAUAGGUUGUUUUAUAUUAAUUUUAUAUUUUUGUGUAUUCUUUGUCAAUACUGCACACUGGCACUUGUUACAACAUAACUCUAACAACCAGUUACAUUAAUACUGUGUUGAUAUUUUCAUUUCUGAAUAAAAUCAAAUGAAUUUGGAAACAUC